AUGUACAUCGCAGUCGAAGGCUCUCCGGUAAUGGAAGAAAAGUCACGGCGGAGCAAGACAACUUCCGUUGAGAAUGAAACCGGAGAUGAGUCAGCAUCAAUAGUUCUCAAAGCUAAACGUAAACGCCGAUCGCAACCCCGAGACGCUCCUCCACAACGCAGCUCCGUGUAUAGAGGCGUCACCAGGCAUAGAUGGACUGGAAGGUACGAAGCGCAUUUGUGGGACAAGAACAGUUGGAACGAGACUCAGACCAAGAAAGGAAGACAAGGAGCAUAUGACGAGGAAGAUGCAGCAGCACGUGCCUACGACUUAGCAGCAUUGAAAUAUUGGGGACGAGACACCAUCUUGAAUUUCCCUCUGUGCAAUUAUGAAGAAGACAUCAAAGAAAUGGAAAUCCAGUCGAAGGAAGAGUAUAUCGGAUCUUUGAGAAGGAAAAGUAGUGGGUUUUCACGUGGUGUAUCGAAAUACAGAGGCGUUGCAAAGCAUCAUCAUAAUGGGAGAUGGGAAGCUCGAAUUGGAAGAGUGUUUGGCAAUAAGUAUUUAUAUCUCGGAACUUAUGCUACGCAAGAAGAAGCGGCCAUAGCGUAUGAUGUCGCAGCAAUCGAGUACCGUGGACUUAACGCCGUUACUAACUUCGAUAUCAGCCGUUAUCUUAAAUUGCCGGCGCCGGGAAACUCUAUCGACGCCGCGAAUCAUAUCCCGGAGAUUCCGCACUCUGUUCCCAGCCCUUUUAUAAAUCCUAGUCUCGAGUCGGAAUUAUCACAGGGCCAAUCUUCGUCAGACGACAACGAUGAUCGGAAAAUAAAGUUCUUAAAGUCGUCACCUUCGAAUGCAGAGGAGGUAAUCGGACCGUCGACGCCGCCGGAGAUUGUUCCGCCUCGCCGGAGUUUUCCGGACGAUAUCCAGACGUAUUUCGGGUAUCAAGACUCCGGCAAGUUCACGACGGAGGAAGACGUUAUCUUCGGUGAUUUAGAUUCUUUCCUUACGCCAGAUUUCUACAGCGAGCUAAAUGAUUGCUAA